UCCAAAGACCGUGGGAGCCGCCUGCUGCCGGUCUGCGCCCCACGGAGCGGGAACAGCGCACAGCUCAGACCUGCUCUCCACGCCGACAGCAUACCGGGGGGUUACAUAGGAUAACUUCACCAUGAAGUGCGGACUUAUUCGCGUUUUAUUAGCGCUUCCUCUCAUCAGCGGAACACCUCUGCACCACGGUGCGUUUCAGGGAAACUCUUAUCCCGGCGCCGAACCGCGCCAGAGAAACAAGAACUGGUGCGCGUACGUGGUGCACAAGAACGUGAGCUGUGUGGUCGCGGGAGGCUUGGAGAGCUUCGUGCACCCGGACGUGGCGCCGUGUCCACCGGAGAUGCCAAACUGCGCGCAGCAAGUGAUAUAUCGGACUCACUUUCGACCCACGUAUAAGAUUGCGUACAAGACCGUGACGGAGCUGCAGUGGAGGUGCUGCCCGGGGUACCAGGGCUACGACUGCUGGGAGGUGAAAGACAUGAAACUGCUCCAGGUGGAGCGCUUGCCUCACGCUCCCUUUGGGCAUGUUCCAGUCCCACAAGCUGCAGAUCAGCGCAGAGCGACCCAGAGGAUGCAUCCAUGGGGAGGGGAAGGGCAGUUUGGAGGUCAGAGGGGUCACAAUCCAGCGUGGGGUCAUGGAGGAUCUCAAAGUGCCCAACACCUGGAGGUGCAGCAGCUUUCCCAGAUGGUCCUGGACAUGCAGGCGAGAAUGACGGACAUGUCCUCCAACCUGAGACUGGAUUUCCAAGAGGAUGCCAGUAAAAUGCUGAUCACGCUGAUGAAUAACUACAAGCCGCCUGCCAGCGCGAGAAGCGCGGAGACGCACACCGUUACGGUGCAGGACUUGUCUUUGGGGAGCGAGUCCGCACAGAUGGACGAGGUCAGGAACAAGGUCAGCCAGGUCGCAGACGAGCUGGAGUCCAAGGGCCGUAUCCUGGAUGACCUGAAGGGUCGCGUCGACCGCCAAGACGGACAAAUUCAUCUGUUAAUGGAAGCUGUCCACAAACAGCGGCCCGCUCCCAGUCCCGCUCCCCCGCCCAGUGGCGCAGACCUGCGCGCCUACCUGGACGAGAAGAUUGGCGCCCUGAGAGAGGAGUUAAUGGAGGGCAUGGACAUCAAACUGGCAGACAUGAAGAACUCGUGCGAAUAUAAAAUCAUGUCGGUUCAGGAUCAGUGUGAGGGACAAGAAACCAACUACCUCAGUCUGGCCGAGCUCAUGGACUCCAAAGAAUCCGACCUACGCGACGAGAUCCAGGACCUUAAGACCAUGCUGGUUGGUCCAGGAAAGCAAGACGCCCGUCUCGUGAAGAACCUUGAGACCCGUCUGAACGCAUCUGAGAAGACUGCAGCGGCCCAGUGUCUCUCCGUCGAGGAGAAGCUGAAGAGAGAACAGGAAGAGGCCAUCCGAGGCCUGAGAGAGACUCUGGAGGACCAGCUGGCCUCCAUGGAAGACAGACUCGCCACCCAGUUGGUAGAGACAAGCACCAACUCCCCACCGGGUGGUCUUCUGACUGCUGUGGAAAACAUCAGCCAACAAGACUUCCAGAGCUGCAGAACCGCGAUCGACGCCAUGGAGACUCGUCUGAAAGCCCAGAUAAAUGGCCUUGGAACUAUGGAGAGGCAACACCUCAACUUCAGCUCCAGCAUUGAGAACCUACAUGGGGAGUUGAGCCGCUUGAAAGGCCGUGCGGGCAAGUUGGAGGACUCUCUAUCGGAUGUCGUCCACCAGCAGUCUCGGGUGUCUCUGAUUCUCAACUCCACACGGGGUCAAGUUAAAACGGGGGCCGAGCGUGAGGACAAGGGCCUUCCGGAGCUCCACAGGACUCGGCAACAGGAGCUGAGAAACCGGCUGGACGAGCUGGACAGGGAGGUGAAAGCCACGGCCGACCACUGCAGGGAGCAAACUGAAGAUGUCGGAAGGGGGCUAGCGCACAUGGACCGCCGCGUUGUUACUGUGGAGAUUUUAUGCGGCCGGCUGGACCCGAUCUCUGGAAGCCUCCAGAGGAUCAGAGAGGGUCUGAAGACACACGUCACUGGGUUGUGGACUUGUGUCAACCGGCUGAACGCGACGGUUGGAGCUCACGCCCGUGAUAUUGGAGGACUGAAGGGAACUUGGAACCUCCAGAACCACAUCUCUAAUGUAGCGAGAGACCUUCAGAAGACCGGUGUUCAGGUUGCCGUGGACGACGCGGGACUCCUGCAGGGUUCAAGUAAGAGCCUCUCGGGGCCGGCCGCUCCCCCGGAGGUCCCCCUCCCACGGCCACCCGUGAUGGAGACCGGAGAGGCGGGACCCCCCGGUAAGAUGACCACGUCCAAGCCGCCCAAAGGCACAGACGGCAGCACGAUGCCCGAUCAGGGUUUUGCUGGCGCUCCAGCCUCCGCAGUCAAAUCCUCAGAUUCCCUGAAACCCGACACGCCGGUCACCUCAGGUGCGGACACGCCCCUCAGACGAUCGUCACCGGCGGCGUCAGGGGAGGGGGUGUCGUUCUCGGCCGGCCUGACUCUGCCGCCGCUCCACGGAGAGGUGGGCGUCAUUCGGUUCGACAAGAUGUUGGUCAACGACGGAGGACACUACGACGCCCACACAGGUAUCUUCACGGCCCCGACGGACGGCCGCUACCUGGUGACCGCCGUGCUGGCGGCCCAGCGCGGCGAGAGGGUGGAGGCGGUCCUGUCGGUGUCCAACCGCAGCAUCCAGAGGCUGGAGUCCAGGGGCUUCCUGUCACAUGACCGGUGCAACUGCAGCAGCUCGGCCUCCCUGAGCCUGGUCCUGCCUCUGAGGAGAGGAGAGCGGGCGGGACUGGUGAUGACCGGCGGGAAGCUGGCCGCCUCGGCCUCCUCUGAGAUCCGGUCGUCUUUCAGCGCCGUGCUUCUGUACGCCAGCCCGUCCAAUCGGUAGCCGGUAGCCGGUAGCGACGCACUUUUGAAAGAGCCCCUCGAGUGGCGUACGCGGCGCGUUACCGGGGACGCAUGGCGACAUCUCAUCAUCGGGAGGGAAAGACAACGGUCUCCAAAUUAUAAAUUAGAUUAUUUCUAUCAUUAGUACUAAUAUAUAUAGUGUGCUUACAUUGCAAUUAUUUUAUGUAUAUUUUUGUUUGUGACCUAGAUUUUUACAAAUGCAUACUUGCUUGUACAUUAAUUGUCGUCCGCUGUCGUCAGUUUCUUCCUCCAAUAAUUAAAAACACCCCCUGGUAAUGCC